CAGUCUUUCAAAUCUGUCUGUCUCAGAAAUCUGUCUUUCUCACUAUCGUAAAACUGUUCUUGUGAAUCGUCCGCAACUAUAUUACAUGAUACUGGACGUUAAAAGAAAAAGAGGAAGAGUAAGAGAUAUAGAAAAUAAGAGACACAAGUAAUUUUGAAUUUGAAACCGAAUGUUCAAAUAAUCACGUUAAAUGUUACAACUUUUGCGAAGAAACAAUCAGAGAUAAUAAAAACAAGUGUUAAUAAAUUUAUCGAGCUAUUGUGCUCAUAUUUCGUAAUUCAUAAGAGUGAAAUGAUAGUUGCAAAGAGGAACGGUAGAACACCAGAAAUGACAGCUUUAACGACUAAUAGCGUAGAAGAGACCGAAAAGAAAGAUCGGAACCUGACAAGAAUUGAUCAAGUUAUUUGUGAGCUGGACGAUGAUAUUAAAUUGGAGGAUCUGGCACCAGACGGUGGUUGGGGGUGGAUGGUGGCUUUGGCGAUGAUCAUCGUUCUUGUGACGACGCUCGGACCGGCCUCGUCUUUCGCCAUAAUUUUCGGUGAUUUUCUCGUGACUACUGGUCAGACUGGAACUGCCAUGACGCUCUUUAAUUCAGUCUUUAUGAUCACUUUCUCCAUCUCUAGUUUAUUAACGAAUGCAUUGUUGAAGAAAUAUUCGAUGAGACCGGUUGGAAUCGCUGGCGCGAUGUUCUUCUCCAUACCAAAUGUCGCAUUGGCAUUCGUUAACAAUGUCUAUCAAAUGGCUUUCAUAUUCUUUCUUCAAGGGAUUGGAAUAGGCCUUCUUAUUACGAUAUGUAACACGAAUUUCAACGCUUACUUUGUGAAGAAACGUACCCGAGUAAUGAGUCUGGCUCAAACGAUCAUCGGUAUGGGUGGCAUCGCUUAUCCCAUUUGUAUUGAGAAAAUGAUGUCAAUGUACGGUUUUCGAGGAACCGCAGCGUUGACAGGUGCUUUCAGUCUGAAUUGCAUUGCCGGUAUGACGAUGAUGCAUCCGGUCGAGUGGCAUGCCAGAGAUCCGGCGGAGAUUCGUGCAGAGAGAAUUCGGGAGGCUGAUGAGAGAAAAUCGAAAGGAUUUGCUAUAUCAGAACGACGUUCGACCAUUCAUGUCCAUCAGGAGUCUGUAUCAACCAGGAGGUGCAGUUUACGUAGCUUAAAGGAGGAAAGUUCAAAGGAAGUUCCUCUGCUAAUCGACACUUACAAGACUCAUGCAAAAAAAGUUGCAUCAAUAUCCGAGCUCGAAGGUCUUCGCGUGAGAUCGUGGUCCUUGUCGGCACGUGAAGCUUUGACUAGAAAAUUCUCUACUCUUUCGGCAUCGAGUUUGACAAAUUUGGCCAGUGGUGUCGGGGCUCUUACAGAUAUCAGACACAAUCGUUUCGAUAAAAUUACGAAGGUGGCCGAUCAAAAACAACGAGAUGAACACGAGGAUGAACAGACAUUAUCAAUGUCUAAUAUGUUAUCCGAUCUUUUGGAGGUAUCUUUGAUAAAGGAUCGCUCCUUUUUGAACCUAUGUUUUGGCAUCAGUUUCGUUUUUACGAGCGAUUUUACAUUUAGUUCAUUACUGCCAUUAAUGUUGACCAAUUAUGGAUAUGAUACAAGCGAUGCCGCUUUGGCUGUUAUGGUUGGUGCUACAGCCGAAUUGAUUUCAAGAAUUUUACUUGCUAUUUUCACCGUUUUCGUCAACGUCAAAGCCAAGUACUUGUUUUUCAUUGCCAUGAUCGCAAUGUCGUUUGCUAAAGCAGGAUUUUUAAUUUUCGAAAAUACUUUGAUGGGCGCAUUAGUGAUGAACGCAGCAAUUGGAAUGGUCCGUUCUUGGUUGCUAGUUCCUCAACCUUUAGUUAUCAUAGAGGACAUUAGCAUUGAUAAAUUUGCAUCUGCUUAUGGUAUUUUUGCGGUUGUCAAUGGUAUCGUCUCGAUUUUUUUAGGUCCAUUUAUUGGGUUUGUUAAGGAUUGGACUGACAGCUAUCGAAUUUGCCAAUACGCUAUGUUAGGAAUGAAUUCCAUUUUCGUCAUUCCAUGGGCUUUGCAGUUUAUUUUCGUAGAUCUUUUAAAAUGGAGGAAGGAGCGACGAAACAAAAUUUUAUCAUCCUCCCUAAAUUAAUGCAAAUGGAGAGAGAUGGAGAAAGACCAGUAAUUAGAAUAAGUAUUCAAUAGAAUAGGUGUAUAGAAAUUGAAGGUGUUAAAUACGAUAAUGGUAAUAGCGGAAAUAAGAAAUAAUUAUACUCUCUAUCGAUUAUAUUAUAUCACAA